AUAAAAUUUUAGAAUGCAUAUAGACAUAUAUAAACAGUUUGCAAUUGGUAAAGAACUGAAAGAGUUCCAAAAUGUUGGACUCUACGGUUUUUAUUUUAUUCUUAAAUUUUAUGAUCUAUUGUAUGGCUGAUAAUUACUGCAGACCGGAUCUUUGUCCCAGCAGAAUCAACCAUAUUGCAUGUCAGCAAAAUCGAAACGGCUCUUUUGGUACCAACUGUCCAAAAAAUGUUACUGUUGUUAAACUCACUCAGGAUCAUAAAAAUCUUCUAAUCAAGGCUCACAAUAUAGUGAGACAAAAAUGGGCCAGUGGCAAGGCAAAGAUUCGAAGGCUCGCCUGCAAAAUGGCUACUAUAGAAUGGAACAAGGAUUUGGAAAAUUUGGCACUACUAAAUGCCAAAACCUGUCUUAUGGAGCAUGAUUAUUGUCACAAUACCGAAAAGUUUCGUCAAUCUGGUCAGAAUUUAUUUGCAGCAGGAUUUUGGAAAUCAAUGCCGAUCACCACAAGGGAAUUGUUGGAGAUAGCAGUUCAGAUGUGGGCUGGUGAGGAAAGGGACAUAAAAGCUUCGGAUUUGCAAAAGUUACCCGUGACUCAACCAAAAGUCAUAGGUCACUUGACCGUUUUGAUCAAUGAAAAAAAUGAUGCCGUGGGCUGUGGUCUUGUUUCUUAUACAGUUGGCGAAGAUCGGAAAUUCAAUUUGGCCUGUAACUACGCCUAUUCAAAUGUCUUGGGGCAGAGUGUCUAUAGCGAAUGCCCCACAGCAGGCAGCAAGUGUCGCAAGGGAUUAAACUCCCAGUAUCCAGCAUUAUGUGCGUAAAAAAUAAAUUUAUAGUUUUAGUCUAUUACUACCAAAGUUAUAUAUUAUAAAAAGAUCGAAAAGGACCAAUAAUCAUUAAGACCCUUAAGCUAUA